ACUGGUUGAAUCCUGACGGUGAUUCGUAUCGUACCUAUGGUAUCAUGAAGUUGCAUCGUAAAACGGAAACGAGAACCUGGGAGCGACAAGCACUUUUUCCUGAAGCAGAUAGAAGAUAGGAUAGGAACCGCAAAAUGUUGAUAAAGGAGUAUCGAAUACCGCUGCCUCUCACUGUAGAGGAAUACAGAAUCGCUCAGCUAUAUAUGAUAGCGAAAAAGUCUCGCGAAGAGAGUCAAGGAGCAGGCAGCGGUGUCGAGAUCAUAGUAAAUGAACCUUACAGCAACGGUCCAGGGGGAAACGGACAGUACACACACAAGAUUUACCAUGUGGGCAGUCAUCUGCCGGAAUGGUUCAAGAGUUUGCUACCCAGGUCGGCGUUGAUCGCCAAAGAAGAAGCAUGGAACUCCUAUCCCUACCCGAAGACCCGUAUUGAGAUAGAAACGUACUAUUUUCCUGACAACGGAUAUCAGGAGAAUGUGUUCAAACUCAGUGGUAGCGAUCUGAGAAAUCGAAUCGUUGACGUAAUCGAUAUCGUCAAGGAUCAAUACGUUGGUGACUACGUGAAGGAGGAGGACCCGAAGUUGUACGUGUCUCAGAAAACUGGUAGAGGACCGCUUACAGAAUCAUGGCUGGAAGACUAUUGGGCAGACGUGAAAGGAAAACAACAGCCAACGCCGUCCGGAAAAUCUUUAAUGUGCGCCUACAAGCUUUGUCGCGUAGAGUUUCGCUAUUGGGGCGUGCAAACAAAGUUAGAAAAAUUUCUACACGAUAUAGCGUUACGGAAAACCAUGGUACGAGCCCACAAGCAAGCGUGGGCCUGGCAAGACGAAUGGAAUGGUUUAACUAUGGAGGAUAUCCGAGAAAUCGAGAAGCAAACUCAAGUGGCACUGCAGAAAAGAAUGGGUGCUGUCGAAGGCGGCGAGGACACAACCGAUGAGAACCAAGAGAACGCUACGAAUGCCACUCCACAAGAUUCAGAUGUCGCCGCUACUUUGGCUGCUACCCUUGGAAGUAUCGAGAAGAAUGAAGAUCUUCAGAGUCCACCGAGCGUUCGAAAAUCUUCUGACAUACCUAUGUCGAACACAGCUGGCAGUUCCGAGGGUGAACCCAGCCCUGAAGACUCUCCCACCGAAGUACCUGAACUUAGAAGCGCUCCUGCUGAGGACAAAGGGGACCCUAGGAGAGGAUGGAAAAAAAACAAGACGAUGGUGCAUUCGCCAUGCUCGAAUAAGAGUUUCGACAUGCAGAUAGCGAACUGGCGGAUGGAGAGUAUCGUGAGGGAAUCCGAGUCUGGCAGCGAAGAGGAAUUUUUCGAUUGUCAAGCUGGGUUCGUUAUACCUAUUAUACAUGCAGAGGACUUUGGAGAUAACUCUUCAUUAGCUAAAUGGAGUUCUUUGGAUCUUCUAGCAGAAGAGGAGGACAGUACGGUCGUUUCGCCCACGUCAGCAGAUAAAGAAGAUGAUACAAUAUUCUCACCGUCUUACCUCCACCGAAUGGCUUGUGAACGUAGCAGUAAAAGACUGCAAAUCUCUGCGUCGGCUAGCAUCGACGUCUCGUGUCCAGCUUCGCCUCAACAUUCCCCGACUCAUCAACCAUGCAAAACUACCGUGCUUCUUAUUGUGAUGCAUGCUGGAAGCGUAUUAGACGCUAAUGUAGACUUAACUGCAAAAAAAUCGGACAUCACAACUUUCAAAGGCGCCUUUGAAUCAGUCAUGAGACAACACUACCCCAGUAUGGUUGGUCAUGUCGCUAUUAGGUUUGUUUCCUGCCCUUCAAUCUGCACCGAAGGUCUUGGUAUUUUAUCGAGUCUAAGUCCAUACAGCUUUGACGUAUCACCUUCCUCUGUGAAUGCACCUCCUGUGACCCAUGACACAAUACCAAUUGGUGCAAUACCACUGCUUGCUAGCUCUACGACGGAAUAUCAGGACGCAGUGUCACGAAUUAUAACCGGAGCCAAUCAAGUUUACAAUGAGUUCAUAAGAAGCGAGGAGGGCCGUGGGUUCACGGGACAGAUUUGUUUCAUCGGAGACUCAGUAGGAGCGAUUUUAACUUAUGACGCCUUAUGUAGAUCAACUCACUCUAGACACAAUAGCGAAAACAAUAUCUUGGACGGUCAAGCGACUGAAAACAGUGAUUGUGGAAGACACUUGACUGCACCUUCUCCCAGAAGAAAAUCUUCUAGUAUAAGCGAUUUUCAACAUUCUAAACUGGACUUUGAAGUAGGAGACUUUUUCAUGUUUGGUAGUCCACUUGCUUUAGUUCUGGCAUAUAGGAAAAUUUCCACAAGCAGUGAUAAAAAUAGUAAUAUAAACAGGCCGUUGGUGAAUCAGGUGUACAACUUAUUCCAUCCUACUGAUCCUGUAGCUGCUAGACUAGAGCCACUGAUCUCUGCAAGGUUUUCUCUCAUUCCACCAGUUAAUGUGGCUCGGUAUCAAAAGUACCCCCUUGGGAAUGGUCAGCCUUACCACUUAUUGGAGACAAUCCAAUCGAAUCCACAGUUAUUCACGGAUGGUCUUAACAUUCCAAAUAUGUCCAUGUCGCAUAUAAGAAGGCUAUCCGAUAUAUCGAUUCACAGUACCAUGUCCGGUAUGGUUGAAAAUGUUCCUUUACAAGUAGUAUCUAAUUUAACGCAAAAAUGGUGGGGUGCAAAGAGACUGGAUUAUGCGCUUUACUGUCCAGAGGGUUUAGCGAAUUUUCCUAUGAAUGCUUUACCUCAUCUCUUCCAUGCUAGUUACUGGGAAUCUUAUGAUGUCAUCGCGUUCAUUUUGCGACAGUUAGGCAGAUUCGAUUUACCAAUACUCACUAACGAAGAGAAAGAAUUAUCUUGCUUCCGUCCAGGUCAGCCCAGAGAAAAGUGGAACAAGAAACGUACCUCCGUUAAACUGAAAAAUGUUGCUGCCAAUCAUAGAGCAAAUGAUGUAAUUGUUAAAGAAGGAUCAUCUCAAGUGUUGAUUGCUAGAUUUAUGUAUAGUCCAAUAGAUGUUAUUGCUUUGACAGGCGAAAAAGUGGACAUCCAUAUCAUGAAGGAUGCUCCUGCAGGAGAAUGGACGUACUUAUCGACAGAAGUAACUGAUAAAACUGGUAGAAUAACAUAUAAAAUACCCGAUGACAAAGCACUGGGCUAUGGAAUUUAUCCCAUUAAAAUGAUUGUCAGAGGUGACCAUACAUCCGUUGACUUUUUCUUGGCUGUGAUUCCACCAAAAACAGAGUGUGUGGUUUUCAGCAUAGACGGUUCGUUUACCGCUAGUAUGUCGGUUAGCGGCAAAGAUCCGAAAGUGAGAGCGGGAGCUGUUGAUGUAGUCAGGCACUGGCAAGAAUUGGGUUACUUAAUUAUUUAUAUUACCGCGAGACCUGACAUGCAACAGCAGAAGGUUGUUUCCUGGUUGUCACAACACAAUUUUCCUCACGGUCUUGUAUCCUUCGCGGAUGGUCUUUCGACGGAUCCAUUGGGUCAUAAAGCUGCGUACUUAAACAGACUCGUGCAGGAACAUGGUGUAAUAAUUCAUCACGCAUACGGCAGUAGCAAAGACAUUAGCGUCUACACUGCGAUUAAUCUUAAGCCCAGUGAAAUUUUCAUCAUUGGCAAAGUACCAAAGAAGCAUCACGUUCUCGCUACGAUUCUUCAUGACGGCUAUGCCGCUCAUUUGACUAUGCUACAGGCCUAUGGAGGCUCGAGGCCCGCACAGGGUAACGCUCGCAUGGUGAUCCCAAGAGGUCAGUUCGGUUUACCCGGACAAAAUGCCUCUCUACGACGAAGAAGUUCUUUCAGAUUGGCCAAGCGUGCAAUAUCUCAACCCAUACCGAGCAAAAUGAUGUUGCCUUUGGAACGAUCGACGAGCGUCGGGCCACCGAUGUCACCUCAAACCACUCCAACCAUCAGAUCCACGGCACCGAAGAAACUCUGACGGUUCGCUCGCU